AUGGCGGAGUCUAAAGGUGCAUUCCUGUAUAACCUCUUGGAACCUGGCAUGGGCUAUUUGAAUGGGGUUGCCAAGGUCAUGGUUGUUACCAAGACUAAGUCAUUGACUUCUGAGGCUCAAGGUUUCACAAUGAAGUGGACUCGAGAUCUUGUAUUCUGCGCUUUUUUUUUCCAUGCAGUCAGUGUGAGGGCCAUUAACCCUGGAUUUAAAGGAAAAAUUACCACAAAAGGAAUUAAUUAUGGUUGCCAGAUCAUAACGUCUGUUUUGCAAAAUAGGUUACUCAAUAUGAAAAUUCCAGACAUUUCAGGCAUCAAAUACACCAAUGCCUUACAUCAACUUCAAUACAACAUAAAUAGGAUAACCAUAAGUAAUGUGAACUUACCAGACAUGAGUAUCAUCCUGGUCCCUAACUUGGGACUGAAAGUUGCUAUGUCCAAUGGCUACAUUGAGACGAAUGGUAACUGGCAGAUUAAAGCAAAUAUUUUCAGGACUCAUGGUACUGUAAAGGCACAGAUCAACAGCAUUGCCAUCUCAUUUUACCUUAAGUUCGGCAAAGAUAAUUCAGGCCACCCUACUGUAUCAAUGAUGGACUGUGCAAGUUACAUCUCAAAACUCCAAGUUUAUGUUUCAGGAAAAGCUAGCUGGUUGUACAACCUGAUCAUCAGAUGGUAUGAACCAACCUUAAGAAGAUAUCUGAGUGACAAGAUCUGUCUUGAAUUGCAGAAAAUCUUCGCUGAAAAAAUAGGUCCAUUUCUCCAAACUGUGCCAGUGACAAAAGAAAUUGACAAAUAUGUUGGGAUUGACUACUCUUUAACCAGUCUUCCAGAAGUGGCAAAAGAUUCACUAAUUUUGCCCCUCAAGGUGAAAAAAAUUUAUCCAGUUAUGAAGAUGGAGCUUCACCUUGUAACUGAUUCUGCACCAACUGUGGCAUUUUUGUACAGUAAAAUCAUCCUGACAACAUCUGGAGAUGUCUAUGCUUUUGCUAUCUUACCAAAUUCUACACUAGCUCCACUCUUUAGUGUAAAGCUGAAUGCACAGAUCACAACCACAAUAGGUAUAAAAGAUGACAAGAUUACUGGGCAACUAACGUUGGAUAGGAUACAAUUGUCUUUAAAGAAGUCAAACAUUGGUCCAUUUCAAGUAAAUUGUCUGCAAACUGCAAUUGAUUUCCUGGUCUCUAUUGUCAUUUUACCACGUAUUAAUGCUGCCCUGGCUGAUGGAUACCCACUUCCUCUGAUCGACCACUUCAAACUGUCGAACCUUAUUGUACAACCUCACGAGAAUUUCCUGCUGGUUGCCACAGAUUUCACCUACAUUUGAAUGUCAAAAGAGUUGCACAUCAAGGAUGCAGUGAUCAAAAACUGAAACAUCCAGGAAGAAAUUCAG